AUGAAGUCUUUAGUAUCCCCUGCUAAAGCCUGGUUUUGUACCGUACUUUCUGCAUUUGGUGUGAUAAUCCUAUCCGUGAUUGGCCACCUAUUUAAUGUGAACCAUGAAGCUUUUGUUGGCUCUAUAAACGAUCCGAAGGAUGGUCCUGCGGUCGCUCAUACUGUCUUCCUGGCAGCCGCUGUAUACCUGAUAUUUUUCCUCUUCUGCGGGACACAGAUAUAUUUUAGCCGUCGUAAUUCGACGAUAGAACUACGCUAG